ACAUCCUUCUCCUAUAAAAGGCAUUCCACUCCAGCACAGUUAACCACAGAAACUACAUUACAUAUAGCAAAAGUAGCUCAGAAUGGCAUUUCAAUGUGCUACAUCAAUGUUAUUCCUCUCCUUAUUAAUGCUAAUACUAGCUCCUAGUUCUGAUGCCGGUGGAAUCGCCAUCUAUUGGGGCCAGAAUGGCAACGAGGGCACGUUGGCUGAGACGUGUGCCACGGGGAACUAUGACUUCGUGAACGUAGCAUUUCUAGCCACUUUUGGCAAUGGUCAGACCCCCAUGAUCAAUCUUGCUGGUCAUUGUGAUCCAUACAGUAACGCGUGCACUGGCUUGAGCUCGGACAUAAAAUCUUGUCAAGCUAAAGGCAUUAAAGUGAUCCUAUCUAUAGGAGGAGGGGCUGGGAGUUACUCUCUGACCUCAUCCGAGGAUGCCAAACAAGUUGCAACUUACCUAUGGAAUAACUUCUUGGGCGGACAGUCCUCUUCGCGCCCUCUUGGCAGUGCUGUCUUGGAUGGAAUUGACUUUGACAUUGAAGGAGGGACAAGCCAACACUGGGAUGAUCUUGCAAGGUAUCUUUCUGCAUACAGCAAGCGCGGGAAGAAGGUGUACUUAACUGCUGCUCCCCAGUGCCCAUUUCCUGAUGCUUGGAUUGGGGGUGCCCUUAAGACCGGCCUUUUUGACAAUGUUUGGGUACAAUUCUAUAACAACCCUCCCUGUCAGUACAGCUCGGGUGAUGUUACUAACCUGGAAGAUGCUUGGAAGCAGUGGACUUCAGAUAUCCCGGCCACGAAGAUCUUCCUGGGACUACCUGCAGCCCCUGAAGCAGCUGGAAGUGGCUUCAUCCCGGUACCUGAUCUCACUUCACAAGUGCUUCCAGCAAUCAAGGGUUCUGCCAAGUAUGGUGGUGUGAUGCUGUGGUCUAAGUACUAUGAUGAUCAGACUAAAUAUAGUGCUUCUAUCAAAAGUGAUGUCUGAAAGUCUAAACCACUCUCUAUGGGGUGCUUGUGAAUAAAUUUCUCAUGAUUAUAUUUCUAUAGCUUCCAUAUAUAAACUCUCUGCUUAUAUUACUAUCUCAUAUAACAUUAGGACAUAAAAAUUAAUAAGUCUUCUUGUUUUUGCCAUAUGCUUCUUUUUUUUCAAAAUUUCAUGACCACUAAUCAUCAAGCUGAUAAAAAUAAAAUAAAAUAAAAAAUAUUCAGCAGACUUGCUACAUGGAGAUCACAGAAAUAUAGGGAACGGUAAUGAAAUUUAACAUCAUCUUGGGAUUACCAAGAAUCUGAGAACUUUUACAAACUUGAAUAUUGACACA